GGGAGGCGCGUCUGCGGCGGGCGCCGCUCGCGGGCGGAAGAUGGCGGAGGGCGGCGGCCCCGGGCCCGGCGAAGAGAGGAGGUCUUCCGGGCCGCGGCCCCCGAGCGCGCGGGAUUUGCAGUUGGCUUUGGCAGAAUUAUAUGAAGAUGAAGUGAAGUGCAAAUCUUCCAAGGCUGAUAGACCUAAAGCUGCAGUCUUUAAGAGCCCACGAACACCACCUCAACGGUUUUGUUCAAGUGAACGUGAAUACAGUGGAUUACAUAUAGUUCGGCCUUCACCUGGGAAAAUUGUGAAUGAACUUUUCAAAGAGGCAAGGGAACAUGGGGCUGUCCCUCUAAAUGAAGCCACAAGAGUGUCCAGUGAUGACAAAUCUAAGUCAUUUACAGGUGGAGGAUACAGAUUGGGUAAUUCCUUUUGUAAGCGUUCGGAAUAUAUCUAUGGAGAAAACCAGCUGCAAGAUGUUCAGGUUUUGCUUAAACUGUGGAGCAAUGGUUUCAGUUUAGAUGAUGGAGAAUUGAGACCUUACAAUGACCCAACGAAUGCUCAGUUUCUGGAGUCUGUUAAGAGAGGAGAAAUUCCCCUGGAGCUUCAGCGACUGGUUCAUGGUGGCCAAGUGAAUUUGGAUAUGGAGGAUCAUCAGGAUCAAGAAUACAUAAAACCUAGAUUGAGGUUCAAAGCUUUUAGCGGAGAAGGACAAAAACUUGGAAGUCUUACACCUGAAAUAGUCAGUACACCUUCCUCACCAGAAGAGGAGGAUAAAUCAAUACUUAAUGCAGUUGUUCUUAUUGAUGAUUCAGUGCCCACAACAAAAAUUCAAAUCAGAUUAGCAGAUGGAAGUCGUUUGAUACAAAAAUUCAACAGUACACACAGGAUCCUGGAUGUUCGAGACUUUAUUAUACAGUCUCGUCCUGAAUUUGCAACUCUUGACUUUAUUCUUGUGACUUCAUUUCCAAAUAAAGAGCUAACAGAUGAAAGCCUGACACUACAAGAAGCAGAUAUUCUUAACACUGUGAUACUCCAGCAACUAAAAUAAUAUUGCUCCUAUCCAUGCAGUAGCAUGUGGGAAUAGAUAAUGUGCCAUAUUAAUAAGAAAAAUAACUUCCAGUAUUAAAAACAACCAAAUUAUUUUUAUUAUUUUUACAGAUAAAUUUUUGUUUUAUUGUUAUUCAGUCUUCCAGCCUUAGUAUAAAUGAAUUUGAACUAGGAGUAGAUCUUAAAAUAAGUGUGUUCUAGUUUUUAGCUUUGAGGCUGGUUUAUGUUGACAAUUUUUAAAUAACUAGGCAAACCAAUUUGUUACAUGCUCGGUGUUAAUGUGACAAUAUUCGUUUGCAGAAAAAAGGAACAAAACCCCUUUUUGAUACAUACAUUUGGUUAAAUUUGCACUAAAGUUUCUUGAUGCAGCAUUGACCAGCAGCCAAUAAGAAAUCUUUUGAUCUUUGAUGAAAAUUUUUCUUUAAUAUAUAUGGAAAAGUAAAUCGAUCAUCCAAUAAUUAUAUUUCUCCUGUUAGAAUUUUACACAUCUUUUCUACUUACUGAUUUAGCUAUAUUACUCGUAUCAACAAAUAAAGUUUGGCCUUGUAUUUUAUAGAACUGUGACCAUCAUAAACUAGAAACAAAAAGACAAUUCUUGAGAAAAUAUGUUAAAUAGCACUUUAAAAUUCAGUAAUUACUGUUCUUCACAGAGCUUGCCUUGGUCAGAUUCAUUUAUUCAUUUAACACAUUUUUCUAGGGGAUCCACUAUGUACACUAAACACUAUUCUAAGUGCUCAACUCAGAAUGCAUUCUCCAAAACAAACUGUAUAAAAAUACAGGAAUGUAAAUUCUGUCAGACUAAAGCUAAAGAUUUACCAGCAUAAAUAUUUACAUUUCUGUUGGAGUCCUAAAUGAGUUAGACUACAUCAGGAGUGAUAGAAAAGCUUUCCCUUCUUCCCAGACACCAUGUUACCUUUGUUACCUCUUCUGACUGAUUAGUUUUCCAUUCCUGCCACAGUAAAGUCCAAAAUUUGUGAUGUAAAAUAACAGACUUAUUAUCUUACAAUUCUGUAGGUUAGAAGUUCAUCAUGUGUUUCACUGUGCUAAGGUCAGUUUGCUGGCAGGGCUGCAUUCCUUUCAGGGAGGCUCUAGGGGAGAAUCAUUUCCUUGCCAUUUGAGCUUCUCAGGGCCACCUCCAUUACUUGGUUUGUGGCCCUCUUCUUGUGUCUCAAAAGCCCAUAUACCAUCACAUUUUUCUGAUAGCAGCCAAGAGAGAUUCUCUGCUUUUAAGGACUUGUGAUAAAAUUGAGUCCACUGGAUACUGUAAGAUUAUCACCUCAUCUUAAGAUUCAUAGUAACCUUAAUCACAUCUGCAAAAGUCCCUUUUAACAUUUAGGGUUACUUACAGGCUUAAGAAUUAAGAUAUGAACAUUUUAAGUGGAUGUUACUUCUCCUGCCUACCACAGCCCACCCUGUUCCAAAGAUUUGCAUCCUUCCCUAAUAAAUUUUACCACAUUCUAAGGUGCUCAAAAGUCUUAACCCAUGAUGGCAUCAGUUCAAAGUCCACAAUCUUUUCUGACUUUCACCAACUCAUAAGUUUGAAAUCUCAUUAUUUAAAUCAUCUAUUUUAAGUAUAGAAGAGAAUCUGGGAAUUAUUCCUGAGGCAUAAUUCCUCUUCAUCUAUGCAUUUGUGAACCUGAAAAACAAGUUAUGUAUACCCAAAUAGGAUAGCAGGACAGACAUAGAAUAACAUACACAUUCCUGUUCAAAAGCAGAAAAUGGAAUGGGAAAACAAGGAACCACCAGUGCCAAUCAAGUUACAAAUCCAGCCAAGCAAACUUCAUUAGAUUUCAAGGCCUGGGAUCAAUCUUCCUUGGCUCACAGCUCAGUUUUCUGGGCUUGUGACUCUGUCUCUGAAUGGUCUUUCCUCUUUUCCAACAGACAGUUUGCAGCUGAGUCAUCUUAUCAUCUUGUUUCCUUCUUUAGUUUCAUAUUCUCUAUACCUUUAAUUAACAGUGGCAGUGUUUCUGCUGACAUAUCAAGAAACUUGUGGGUCUUCUGUGUAUGUCACAGGAAUCCAUUUCAUCAGGCAGGAAGUUCCUCACCUGUCUUUCCUGUAUAAUGUCUACUUUUGACUUUUUCUGAAACAGAAGGGAUCUAUGAUUCAUACCCUUAAGUAUCUUCACAGAGUCUUAUGUGAAUAGGUAAGACCUUUUGAUCUUUCUGAGGUAUCUGCAAAAGAUUGUACGGCCACACUCAUGUCUCUCUCUAGAACAGGCUUCUGACUGUGACUCUUAGUGUCUUUUGCCAUUUGGGGAGGCUGAGAAUUUCCUGAAUCAUCAGCAUCAUAUAAUAGUUAUUCCCUCAAUUUUUCUACCUCCUUUCACAUUUUACUGUAAUCAGGAAGAAAACAGCAGGCCAUACCUUUCUCGAUUUACUUGCAAAUAUCUUUAGCUAAAUAAUAAUUUUAACACUUAUAAAUUCUGCUUUCUAAUAACUGCAGGACACUACUAUUCAAGUAGAUUCUUUGCCAUUGUGUGACAAGGAUCUCUUACAGUUUUCCAGUGAUACAUUCCUUACUUUCCUUAAAGCUCCCAGUGGCAGACCUUUAAUGUUAUUUCUUCCAACAGUCUGUUGAUUACAUUUAGAUAUUCUCUAUGGCAAUUUAGAUACUCUACCACUCUCCUUCCUUUCUUCAAGCCCUUGCUAACGUUAACACUUUAGAUUUCUACCUACAAUCUAAGGCAAUCUGCACUCUUACUGUCAUGCUCUUCACAAUUCUUUCAGCUUCUACUCACUGCCUGACUCCAGAGCCACUCUCCGUCUUUAGGUAUUUGUUUCAGCAGCACCCACUUCCAAGGAUCCAGAAGUCUUUUAUGCCUACUCACUGCCAGACUUGAAUGUGCUGCUAGUAGAUUUGGAAUUCACCUUUCUCAAAGGUCACUAGUUCUUCAAGGAGGUGCUAGAGGCUUUAAUACUAGGAGUACUAACAGAACUGCCACAGGAUAGAAGUGUUGAUCCCACCACUGCAGAGGAUUUUUUUGUGUCAUAACAUAGCGGAAGAUUAUUCUUUUUUCUUUUCUUUUUUCCGAGUUGGAGUCUUACUCUGUCACUCAGACUGGA